UUUUUGACGCUAAAUAACAAAUUUUGUUCUAGAAACAUUGAAGCCGCAGCAUCUUGUUGUUUGUUUACGCCAAGGCGUCCUCAGAUUAGUGCGCGGAUCGAAUCGUAAUUUUUAGCUGAUUUCUCUGUAAAAAUAAUGACGUCGGACUACAAGCUCAUGACGCACUGUUUCAUUCCCGGCUGCACGGCCAUCGCCGAGUGGAACAGGCUGCAGUUCUUCAAGAUGUCCUUCGGCGACCUGCCUCACUGGUGGCGCAGUACGGCUUGGGUGGCCAAGUACGGCACCGUACUGCCGGAGGAUGCCCUCAUUUGCGAGCGUCACUUCGAGGAACGGUUCAUCGAUCGGAGCCGGAAGAAGCCGCGCCUCCUGGUGGGAACCAUCCCAACGUUGAACCUGGCCUCGCUGGAGGUGGACAACGAGAACAACCUGGAGUACUUUUGUCGGUUGUGCGCCAAGAAGGGCUUUACGCCGAUGCGCUAUCGGCUGGAACAUCUGGACGGUAUGACCGAGGUGCUCCAGUUCUGCUUGGGCCGUUACCGGGGACAGAUGGGCCUUCCGACCGGAAUUUGCGACACGUGCAUCAAUGUGAUGAAACGGUUUUCUCACUUCGUUCGGCAGUGUGAAGAGUCCCAGCUGCAGAUACUGGAGCUGCAGGCCAAACGCCGGCGAGAACUGAUGGACGAUGAGCAGGAAGUGAUAACGGCGGAAUAUACCGGCUUGGAAGCGAACAAGGAGAACACCGACACGGAGGAUCAGUUUGAGACCAAGGUCGAGCUGCCUGGACCGUCCCAAAUGGAUGACCACGGUACAGAAGCCACCGCCAAGAAGAAAGGAAAACAGUUCACCGAAGGGAAACCGUGUCCAGAUUGCGGAAAGAUGUUCAAGACUCAGGCCAGGUACUACCACCACGUGAAAAGUCACAGCGAACUGAUGGAAUUUGGUUGUCAGAUUUGCGGUAAGACUUUCACCAGAAGAACUGGUUUGCGGCGGCACCUGGAGCAGGUGCAUGGCGGUAAGAUGAAGUUUAAAUGCGUCCAAUGUGGGGAGACGUUCACGAGCAAGAAUCACCUGAGGACCCAUCACAAGGAGGUGCACUGGGAAGACAUCAAGCCGAUUGAGAAAGUCGAGCCAGAGCCUAUUGAUGAUAAGAGCGCUCUAACGAUUGGACCGGAAGCAAAUAUCCAUGACCAGGCGGGAACGGCAUAGCGAUAUUUGCAAAAGUUUACUUUCCAUCAUUCCAUAUUUUGUCAUCUUGAAAACGAUUCCACUCUCAACAUUUAUCAUAAUCAUAGAACUAAGGAACAAACUUUAUUAAACUAGUACAUACCGUCCAUUAGGUAUGAAUAAAA